AUGCUUGGGAGCCUUUUCAUAUUGUUAUCGUCGAUUCCACUAGUGUUAUCAUGGCCGGAUGGCGCGCCAUGUGUACACGCCGCGUUUGAGAGCAUGAACCCAUUGGAAGCUGUCGAGCAUCAAGGUGGACUUCAGCUCAGCGUGCCGCCGUAUGAGAUCGCGAUUGAUCAGAAAUGCUACUGGAGGAAUCAGCCGAUUGGGUUAACACUUCAAGGACUCAAUGAAUCGGUGUUUUUCAAAGGAUUCGUCAUUCAGCCAUUCAAAUGGAACAACGAUCAACUAGGAAAUAGAAUUGGGCAAUUGGUGCGAUUGGAUGACAAUGGCUCAUGGCAGCAGCAAUGCUUCAGAUUCAAAGAUUCGGCAACACAUUCUCACGAUGAGAAGAAGAAACAUAUCAAGAUGUGGUGGAAGAACGAUGACGAACUCGAUACCGUACAAUUUGUAGCAACCGUCGUGAAGCAUCAGACCAUGUUCUGGGUGAAAUCGGUCCGAUCGCGUCCGAUUCCGCCGUGUCGCCUCAACCGCGACGGAUUCCCUUCAUAUCGCGCUCCACUGCCAACAGUGCCGCCGCCGGUCAAACAAUUCAAAAUGGAGACGUUCCGAGUGUUCGACUCGAUUGGUGCCGAGACACUUGAUCAAACACUUCACAAUCAACCGCAGCCGUCGCCGAUUGCCACGUCACCGACAAUGACCAAAAUAAUUCCGGUUGUAGAUGGAUUCCAAAGAGGUUCGGCUUCAUUCAGUGCUCAAGUUCAGACUUCCACUGCUCCACCUCCACUGCCAGCUACUGUUCAGACAACCACCUUCCGACCGAUUCCAGCGAGACCACGUCAACAAAUCGUCGCCCAGCAACCGUCACCAGCUUUUCGCCGUCGCGGUCAGAGCACGUUCCGUCAAUCAUCAUCCUUCUCGAGUGGCACCUGCAUCGAUCGCGAUCCUCAAAAUCGAUGCCCUCAAUGGCGCCAAUUCUGUCGGUCGCCAUCGCACCAACGCUAUUUGUCGACGUUCUGCGCGAGAACCUGCCAGUUCUGCCGUUAA